CCUCCGCCGCCGUCUCUAUGGUUCCCCCCAUUGAAGUCUAUGGAGCGCCCUCGCGUUACGUCACUUCCGGCGCCGCUCUGCGCUUCCGCUGCGUCUCGGUGGUUCCGGCCUGAAAGUGACUUUGAGCGGAGACGGGCCAUGGCUGAGGACAUCCAGGCCAAGCUCAAGCGCUAUAAGACUGCCCCAUUCGACAGCCGCUUCCCCAACCAGAACCAGACCAAGAACUGUUGGCAGAACUAUGUCGAUUUCCAUCGGUGCCAGAAGGCCAUGGCAGCCAAGGGGGCGGAUGCGGCCCCAUGUCAAUGGUACUAUAGGGUCUACAAGUCCCUGUGCCCCACUUCGUGGGUGACCACAUGGGACGAGUACCGUGAAGAAGGCAUCUUCCCAGGCAAGAUCUGAGCACCUCCAACCCCAAGGAGGUGACACUGGUGUCACUGUGGUGGUGUCAUCCCAUAUGGGUCACUAUGGGGCUGGAUGGGGCAACCUUGUCACCCACUUGGUGGCCAAUAAAGGGUUUAACUGGUC